AUUUGCUCGCGUUGGUACGGUAUCUCUGGCCAUCCCGAGCUCCCUUCCCGUGACAGCGACAGCAACUUCAACAAAACACCUCGCCGCCCUGAAAUUCACCGCCCGAUCGAGCUCCUCAUCAGUCAUCACGAAUCACCCUCGUGAACUCCUGCCCAUAACCUCCGGAAUCUAACUCCUCAGUUCACGAUUCGACCUCUUCGCCCUCGCCCCUCGGAUCGAGCUUUUCCCUCCACCGAAUCGAGCUCUUCCACCAUCCGAAUCGAGCUCAUUGCCGCCGGAUCGAGGUGUCUGCGGGACGAGCUCGAGCUUUGGAGAAGGAAGAGGAAACGGGGGAGCAAGGCGACCAAACGGGUGGAGGGAAACACGCCAAACAGGCUUCCGCAUUCGGUGUCCCCUCCUUGACAGGUGCCCGAGUCCGAGCCCGCGCCCGCGCCGAGCUCCAGCCUCAUUUCCACGGUCCACGCCGCCCACUCUUCCCUCUCCCAAUCGUCGGCCUCCUCCUUGUCCGCCCACUCCUUCCUUCUUCCCACUCCACUGGCUUCGGAUUGGAGUGCCCGACGUGGAGCGGAGACCUACCCGAACAGGGGAUCGAUUCUUCUAGUGGUGUUACAGCAUGGUGUUUUUGACAUAGCAAUGGAAUUUCUCAUGUAUCACUUCUGAAGUUACCUUGGAAAGCCUCUGCACCUCUGACGGGUCGUGUUGCAUAAGCCAUUGUUGAGAGGAGAUUUGGCCUAAGAAUGGGGGCUCCAAAACAAAGGUGGACUUCUGAGGAAGAGGCUGCUCUUAGAGCUGGAAUAGCAAGGCAUGGAGUUGGAAAAUGGCGCACAAUAUUGAAAGAUCCAGAAUUUAGUUCCACUUUGUGCUACCGCUCAAAUGUUGACCUCAAGGACAAAUGGCGAAACAUGAAUGUAAUUGUCAGUACAUCGAGUUCUCGUGACAAGGCGAAGACUGCAGUGAAGAGAGCCCGAACUACUCCCAAGAAUAACGAGCACACCAUGGCAAUCAGCAGAGUUACUUCUGAUAUUGAUGAUGAGAUUGUUGACGAAAAGCAUAUAGCACCAUUGCCUAGUGAAGCAAAGAACACAUCAAAUUCGAAGAAAUCUCACUCAAGGCUAGAUAAUAUUAUAAUGGAGGCUAUAAAGAAUUUAAAUGAGCCUACGGGGUCACACAGAACUACUAUUGCUAAUUACAUAGAGGAGCAAUAUUGGCCACCUAGUGAUUUUGAUCACUUACUAUCUGCAAAACUGAAGGACUUGUCCACCAGUGGCAAAUUGAUAAAGGUGAAUCGGAAGUACAGGAUAGCACCUAGUUCACCCAAUUCAGAGGGCCGAAGCCCCAAAAUGCUGCUGUUGGAAGAUGUGCAAAGAGCGCCUGUCAAGAUAUGGAGCGAUGAUAGUAAAACCCUUACCAGAUCUCAAGUUGAUGCUGAAUUGGCACGUAUGUCAACAAUGACUGCUGAGGAAGCUUCAGUGGCUGCAGCUCAUGCAGUUGCUGAAGCAGAGGCCAUCAUGGCAGAAGCUGAAGCUGCAGCGAAAGAAGCAGAGGCUGCAGAAGCAGAAGCCCAAGCUGCGCAAGCAUUUGCUGAAGCAGCAUUUUUGACAUUGAAGAACAGAAAUGCUGCAAAACUGAUGGCCUAAGGUUGAUGCUACUCGGACUCUCGGGUGUUCGGGGUGCCAGCUAGAUUUGUAUAACUGUACACGUCUACUGUUGUUACAGUUGCUCGGCUUAAAGCAGCUAGUAGAUUUGUAUAACUGUACAAAGUGGGAGCCAUGUGAAGCUCCGGCCUCCAGCCUCCAGCGCACCAGUAGCAGCAUUAGCUGUUUGCUACAACGCCAUUCAGAGAACUUAGUGGCAUACCCUGGGCCCUCCACUGUCGUGAACAUGCUAAACUCUGUCAAUGUCUAAUGUUUCGCUGACGGUUUGCAGGAUUGCAUUGUGCAUCAACAGCCUUUGCAUUGCUGCGCUGCCUGCCAACAGUCGUACCGUUAAUAGCUCUUUCAGUCACGUUAGUAGCCGUGGCGUAA